CCGUCUUCAAAGAAGGUACCGUUGAAAUGAUAACGAACAAAAUCUUCUAUUUCCACUUCUCGAGGACAAACUUUCGGAAUGUCAUAACGAUCUACGACAACGUCGAGUAACGGACCGGGGCUACAGUUCACGGUCAAUAAAUGCGACAGAAGUAAAAGCUGAAAACAUGCCAAUAAAUCCAUUUGGAAAGCUGCUCAGUGGAGAGAGAGCCCGUCUGCCCGCCGGUGAUGUGGUUCAAGAUGUGGAACUGAUACAGCAGCAAAAAGUUGAAGCUGGUCUGGCCGUGAAGCUCGUUUAAAUGACAUAGAUGACUUCCGGUAUCCCACUACGUGCAGACAGACAUGAGCGAUCCCUGUUAAAGUAAAGAAGGAGGUCUCCUGAGCCAUUCAAAGCACUGACAGACGGCUGAGGGAGCCUGUGAAGGUAAAGAUGCUCACGAGAAGCUUGUUCCUGGCCUUCUUCUUCGUUAUUUUUGCGCCGGUGGACGCUCAGUAUGAGAAGUACAGCUUUAAAAGUUUCCCUCAGAAGGACAUCAUGCCGCUGGAAUCCGCGUACAACUACGCGAUGGAGCAAUACCGAGCGCAAAACUGGGCAGAAACUAUCAAGUUCCUGGAGCUGAGCCUGCGGCUCCACCGGCUGCUCCGGGACAGCGAGGCUUUCUGCUGCAGCAACUGCAGCUCCGUCAGCCGGGACAACGACACCCUGUUCGAGGAUAGCAGCCUCCGCGUCGUGCGCCACAUCCUGCUGAGAGCUGCUUGCCUUAAAAAGUGCAAGGCAGAUUUUCCAGUGUUUAAGCUCACAUAUCCACGGAGAGAUUUAUUGGAAACUUUCGAGAAAAGGACACCUUAUCGUUACAUACAGUAUGCAUACUUCCAGCUUAACAACCUGGAGAAGGCAGUGGCUGCAACUCACACUUUCUUGAAGAAGAACCCAGAUGAUGUCCUCUUAACAAAGAACAUGAACUACUACAAGACACUGUUUGACGUGGAGGAAUAUCUCAUUGAUCACGAGGAGCAGCCAUAUGAAAGUGUUUUCUUGAAAAGUGUGACGCUCUACAACAACGGAGACUUCAGCAACAGUGCUAGAAACAUGGAGCAGGCCAUCACACAGUACUUUGAAGUAUACAACCUCUGUUUAGCUGGCUGUGACAGCUCAUAUGAGAUUGUGGAGUUCAAAGAUUUCUAUCCCAGCAUGGCGGAUCUCUAUAUAAAUGCUCUGAAAUGUAAAGUUAAAUGUGAGGAGAACCUGACACCCAGCGUUGGAGGCUUCUUUGUGGAGAAGUUUGUAGCUACUAUGUAUCACUACCUCCAGUUUUCUUAUUAUAAAUUAAAUGAUGUAAAGAACGCUGCUCCGUGUGCAGCAAGUUACAUGCUGUUUGACCCCAAAGACCAGGUGAUGCAGCAAAAUGUGGCGUAUUAUCGCUUCUACCGGGAGCAGUGGGGCCUCAACGAUAAUGAUUUUGAACCUCGGCCUGAGGCACUGAGGUACUUUAACCAGACGACCAAACAGAAAGAAAUGCUGGAGUUUGCUCUGAGCUACCUGCAAACAGACAAUGAGGAAGUUGUAAGUCCAGAAGAAAUGACCACCUCUCGCUCAAACCAUCCUGACACUGAGUUUGAGGGUAUGGGGGAUUAUGAGGAGUCCCUCCUGGCUGAUUGGUGGCAGGAACCCAAAACUAAGUGGGACACUGGAGAAGUCAUAGACUGACAUCUGUCUUUAUCUUCAAGCAGAACACUUUCACGUCCAACUCUGUCCCACCUCCCAUGAAAACAUGCCCAAAAAAUGCUGAACCAGCUACAGACAAACAUCUAGAUUCCUAUCAGUAUUAUGCACAAAAAACAAAAACACAGAGCCCCCCUGGUGAUUGAUUGUGGGGAUUUCUUUUUUUCUGUUUUUUUGACAAGAUUAAAAUUCACAGCCUUGUUAGUGCAUGCACA